AUGCAGGACAGAAACACCGGCUCUUUCACCAUACCUGGGUCACUUCCUUUGAAUGCAGAAGCUUGCUGGCCAACAGAUAGGGGAAUUGUUGCCCUUGAGAUCUAUUUUCCUUCUCAAUAUGUUGAUCAAGCAGAGUUGGAAAAAUAUGAUGGUGUGGAUGCUGGAAAGUGUACCAUGCUUGGGCCAGCCAAGAUGGGCCUCUGCACAGAUAAAGAAGAUAUCAACUCUCUUUGCAUGACUGUGGUUCAGAAUCUUAUGGAGAGAAAGAACCUUUCCUAUGAUUGCAUUGGGCAGCUAGAAGCUGGAACAGAGACAUCAAUUAUUGACAAAUUAAAGUCGGUGAAGACUAAUUUGAUGCAGCUGUCUGAGGAGUUUGAGAAUACAGAUACAGAAGGAACAGACACAACUAAUGUGUACUAUGGAGAAACAACUGCUGUCUUCGGGGCUGUGAACUGGGCUGAGUCCAGCUUUUGGAAGGGAUGGUAUGCCCUACAAGGGCUUCAUGGGACACAUAUUCAACAUGCCUAUGACUUUUACAAGCUUGAUAUGCUUUCUGGAUAUCCUAUAGUAGAUGGAAAAUUCUCCAUACAGUGCUACCUCAGUGCAUUAGACCGCUGCUAUUCUAUCUACUGCAAAAAGAUCUGCACCCAGUGGCAGAAAGAGGAAAAUGAUAAAGAUUUUACCUUCAAUGAUUUUGGCUUCAUGAUCUUUCACCCUUCUUAUAGUAAACUCGUUCAGAAAUCUCUAGCUCAGAUGCUGCUGAAUGACUUCCUUAAUGACCAGGACAGAGAUAAAAAUAGUAUCAAUAGUGGCCUGGAAGCCUUUGGGGAUGUUAAAAAUACCUAUUAUGAUAGAGAUGUGGAAAAGACUAUUAUGAAGUCUAGUUCUGAACCCAAAAUAAAGGCAUCUUUGCUUGUAUUAAAUCAAAAUGGAAAUAUGUACACAUUUUCAGUUUACGGUUCCCUUGCUUCUGUUAUAGCACCGUACUCAUGUCAGCAAUUGUCAGGGAAGAGAAGAGAUUCUGGUUUGACUGCCACUCUGUAUUCUCUUAAAGUUACAAAAGACAUCACACCAGGGUCAGCUCUUGACAAAAUAACAAGUUUAUGUGAUCUCAAGUUAAGGCUUGACUCAAGAACUUCUGUGGCACCAGUUGUCUUUGUUGAAAACAUGAAGCUCAGAGAGGACAGUUAUCACUUGGUCAACUAUAUUCCCCAAGGUUCAACCGAUUCACUCCUUGAAGGGACAUGGUGCCUGGUUAGAGUGAAUGAAAAGUGCAGAAGAACUUAUGCUUGGCGCCCCUCUCCAAAUGAUGACACUUUGGAUGAAGGAGUAGGACUUGUGCAUCCAAACGCAGCAAGUGAGCAUAUUCCAAGCCCUGCUAAGAAAGUGCCAAGACUCCCUGCGACAGCGGCAAAACCUGAAGGAGCUGUCAUUGGUAAUAAAACAUUAAGAUACGCUGUAAGGUACAAGACCUCAGGGCGGGGGUAG